UCACUGGACCAGCUGGACAAGGCAGCAGAUGCCAUCUCCCAGGCGAUAAGCUGCGACCCUGACUCUCCCUACGGACAUUUCCUCGUCUUCAAAGUUGCCGUGCUCCGUUCCCAGGACGACGAGGCUAAACAGGCUCUGCAUCAGAUGGUGGAGUGUGGUGGUCAAGAGAAGGAGACUGUUACUGGACUAGUGUGUCUCGCUGCACAGAUGGCUUUCGAGAAGAGUCAUCGAGUGCUGGCCACUGCAGCAUUGGAGCAACUAAUUCCCAUGUCGUCAAAUUUU